GGGGGUGCGAGGGGUGCCCCCCGACUCGCUGGGUUCUGCUGAUUGGCCAAGGGGCCGUCCAAAAUUCCCCGGUCGCGAUGGGUCCCACCUCUCCCCGCCGCCGCACGGUAUAUAAGGGGAGGCGAAGGAGUGGGCAAGGGCAGUAGGAAGUUUCUGCUGGGGUCUGGAUUUGGAGCUCCAGAGUCGGAUCGGCCCCGUAUGACCCCAACCUAAGAACAAAAGAGACCCCAAAGAGUCUACAUGUCUAAUAUUUAGACAUGUUCAGCUUUGUGGAUUCUCGGUUACUGCUGUUGAUAGCAGCGACUGUACUACUCACCCGCGGGCAAGGAGAAGAAGACAUUCAAACUGGAAGCUGCAUACAGGAUGGUCUGACGUACAACGACAAGGAUGUGUGGAAACCCGAACCCUGCCAGAUCUGCGUCUGCGACAGCGGCAACAUCCUCUGCGACGAGGUGAUCUGCGAGGACACCUCCGACUGCCCCAAUGCCGAGAUCCCCUUCGGAGAGUGCUGCCCCAUCUGUCCCGACACCGACGCCUCCCCUGUCUACCCAGAAAGCGCUGGAGUAGAGGGCCCUAAGGGAGACACCGGCCCCAAAGGAGACAGGGGACUCCCCGGCCCCCCUGGCAGAGAUGGCAUCCCUGGACAGCCUGGUCUCCCGGGACCCCCCGGCCCUCCAGGUCCCCCAGGCCUCGGCGGAAACUUCGCUCCUCAAAUGUCUUAUGGCUACGACGAGAAAGCCGGUGGCAUGGCCGUGCCCGGCCCCAUGGGUCCAGCUGGUCCCCGCGGUCUCCCCGGCCCUCCUGGCGCUCCUGGUCCUCAAGGUUUCCAAGGUCCCCCUGGUGAACCUGGAGAGCCUGGUGCUUCUGGUCCCAUGGGUCCCCGUGGUCCAGCCGGCCCCCCUGGCAAGAACGGAGAUGAUGGUGAAGCUGGAAAGCCUGGCCGUCCUGGAGAGCGUGGUCCCCCCGGCCCCCAGGGUGCACGUGGUCUCCCAGGAACCGCCGGUCUCCCGGGCAUGAAGGGUCACAGGGGCUUCAGCGGUCUGGAUGGUGCCAAGGGUGAGCCCGGUCCUGCUGGCCCCAAGGGUGAGCCUGGCAGCCCCGGGGAGAACGGUGCUCCUGGGCAGAUGGGUCCUCGUGGGCUUCCCGGUGAGAGAGGCCGUCCCGGUCCAUCUGGCCCCGCUGGUGCUCGUGGUAAUGACGGUGCUCCCGGUGCUGCUGGUCCUCCCGGUCCAACUGGCCCUGCUGGUCCCCCCGGCUUCCCCGGUGCUGCUGGUGCUAAGGGUGAAACUGGUCCCCAGGGAGCUCGUGGCAGCGAAGGUCCCCAAGGUGCCCGUGGUGAGCCCGGUCCCCCUGGCCCUGCUGGCGCUGCUGGUCCUGCUGGCAACCCCGGUGCUGAUGGUCAACCCGGUGCCAAAGGCGCAACUGGUGCCCCUGGCAUUGCUGGUGCUCCCGGCUUCCCCGGUGCCCGCGGUCCCUCCGGACCCCAGGGUCCCAGCGGUGCCCCCGGUCCCAAGGGUAACACUGGUGAACCCGGUGCUCCAGGCAACAAGGGAGACACUGGUGCCAAAGGCGAACCCGGUCCCGCUGGUGUCCAAGGUCCCCCUGGCCCAGCUGGCGAGGAAGGCAAGAGAGGAGCUCGUGGUGAGCCCGGCCCCGCUGGGCUUCCUGGCCCUGCUGGCGAACGUGGUGCUCCUGGCAGCCGUGGUUUCCCUGGCGCUGAUGGCAUGGCCGGUCCCAAGGGUCCUCCCGGCGAGCGCGGCUCCCCCGGCCCCGUUGGCCCCAAAGGAUCUCCUGGUGAAGCUGGACGCCCCGGGGAACCCGGCCUCCCCGGUGCCAAGGGUCUGACUGGAAGCCCUGGGAGCCCCGGUCCUGACGGCAAGACUGGCCCCCCCGGUCCCGCUGGUCAAGACGGCCGCCCCGGCCCCCCCGGCCCCCCCGGAGCCAGAGGUCAAGCCGGCGUGAUGGGUUUCCCCGGUCCCAAAGGUGCUGCGGGUGAGCCUGGCAAACCUGGCGAGAGAGGUGCUCCUGGCCCCCCCGGCGCUGUUGGUGCUGCUGGCAAAGAUGGUGAAGCUGGUGCCCAAGGUCCUCCCGGCCCUACCGGUCCUGCUGGAGAAAGAGGUGAACAAGGUCCCGCUGGUGCUCCUGGCUUCCAGGGUCUGCCGGGCCCCGCUGGCCCCCCCGGUGAGGCUGGCAAGCCCGGUGAGCAGGGUGUCCCCGGAGAUGCUGGUGCUCCCGGUCCUGCUGGUGCCAGGGGCGAGAGAGGUUUCCCCGGCGAACGCGGCGUCCAAGGUCCCCCCGGUCCCCAAGGUCCUCGUGGUGCUAAUGGUGCUCCUGGUAACGAUGGUGCUAAGGGUGAUGCUGGUGCUCCCGGUGCCCCCGGGAGCCAAGGCCCCCCCGGUCUGCAGGGUAUGCCCGGAGAGCGUGGUGCUGCCGGCCUGCCAGGCGCCAAGGGUGACAGAGGCGACCCUGGUCCCAAAGGUGCUGACGGCGCUCCUGGCAAAGACGGUCUCCGAGGUCUGACCGGCCCCAUCGGCCCCCCCGGCCCCGCUGGUGCUCCCGGUGACAAGGGUGAAGCUGGUCCCCCCGGUCCUGCUGGUCCCACUGGUGCCCGUGGUGCUCCUGGUGACCGUGGCGAGCCCGGCCCUCCCGGUCCUGCUGGAUUUGCUGGCCCCCCUGGUGCCGACGGCCAGCCUGGUGCUAAAGGUGAAACUGGUGAUGCUGGAGCCAAGGGUGAUGCCGGUCCCCCCGGCCCUGCCGGCCCCACUGGUGCUCCUGGCCCUGCCGGUGCUGUUGGUGCUCCUGGUCCCAAAGGUGCUCGCGGUAGCGCUGGACCCCCUGGUGCUACUGGUUUCCCUGGUGCUGCUGGAAGAGUUGGUCCCCCCGGCCCCUCUGGAAACAUCGGCCUCCCCGGCCCCCCCGGCCCCAGCGGGAAGGAAGGUGGCAAAGGACCCCGUGGUGAAACUGGUCCCGCUGGCCGCCCCGGUGAGCCCGGCCCCGCUGGCCCCCCUGGCCCCCCUGGCGAGAAGGGCUCUCCUGGUGCUGACGGCCCCAUCGGCGCUCCUGGCACCCCCGGACCCCAAGGUAUCGCUGGCCAGCGCGGUGUCGUUGGCCUCCCCGGACAGAGAGGCGAGAGAGGCUUCCCUGGGCUGCCCGGCCCCUCUGGUGAACCCGGCAAACAAGGUCCCUCUGGUUCCCCUGGCGAGCGCGGUCCUCCCGGCCCCAUGGGCCCCCCCGGCCUGGCUGGACCCCCCGGUGAAGCUGGACGUGAGGGUGCUCCCGGUGCUGAAGGUGCCCCCGGUCGCGAUGGUGCUGCUGGUCCCAAGGGUGACCGUGGUGAGACUGGCCCCGCCGGCCCCCCUGGUGCUCCCGGUGCCCCCGGUGCCCCCGGCCCUGUCGGUCCUGCUGGCAAGAACGGAGAUCGCGGUGAGACGGGUCCCCAAGGUCCCGCUGGCCCCCCUGGUCCUGCUGGUGCUCGUGGUCCUGCUGGCCCACAAGGUCCCCGUGGUGACAAAGGUGAAACUGGUGAACAGGGUGACAGAGGCAUGAAGGGUCACAGAGGCUUCUCCGGUCUCCAGGGCCCACCUGGUCCUCCUGGCUCUCCUGGUGAACAAGGUCCUUCUGGUGCUUCUGGUCCCGCUGGUCCAAGAGGUCCUCCCGGCUCCGCUGGUGCUGCCGGCAAAGAUGGUCUCAACGGGCUCCCUGGCCCCAUCGGCCCCCCUGGCCCCCGCGGUCGCACCGGCGACGUCGGCCCCGUCGGUCCCCCUGGUCCACCUGGCCCCCCUGGUCCUCCUGGCCCCCCCAGCGGCGGCUUCGACUUCAGCUUCCUGCCCCAGCCGCCCCAGGAGAAGGCCCACGAUGGUGGCCGCUACUACAGAGCUGAUGAUGCCAACGUGAUGCGCGACCGGGACCUGGAGGUUGACACCACCCUCAAGAGCCUGAGCCAACAGAUCGAGAACAUCCGCAGCCCCGAGGGCACCCGCAAAAACCCUGCCCGUACCUGCCGCGACCUGAAGAUGUGCCACGGCGACUGGAAGAGCGGCGAAUACUGGAUCGACCCCAACCAAGGCUGCAACCUGGAUGCCAUCAAGGUCUACUGUAACAUGGAGACAGGCGAGACGUGCGUCUACCCCACUCAGGCCACUAUUGCCCAGAAGAACUGGUACCUCAGCAAGAACCCCAAGGAGAAGAAGCACAUCUGGUUUGGCGAGACGAUGAGCGACGGCUUCCAGUUUGAGUAUGGUGGUGAGGGCUCCAACCCAGCCGACGUCGCCAUUCAGCUGACCUUCCUCCGCCUGAUGUCCACUGAGGCCGCCCAGAACAUCACCUACCACUGCAAGAACAGCGUCGCCUACAUGGACCAGGACACCGGCAACCUGAAGAAGGCCCUUCUCCUCCAAGGCGCCAACGAGAUCGAGAUCAGGGCUGAAGGCAACAGCCGCUUCACCUACGGUGUCACUGAGGACGGCUGCACGAGUCACACCGGCGCUUGGGGCAAGACAGUCAUCGAGUACAAGACGACAAAGACCUCUCGCCUGCCCAUCAUCGAUUUGGCUCCUAUGGACGUUGGCGCUCCAGACCAGGAAUUCGGCAUCGACAUCGGCCCCGUCUGCUUCUUGUAAACCGGACGCCCCACGCGUAACAGGAGAGAGUAAUAAUAAUAAUAAUAAUAAAAAAAAAAACAGCCGAAAAAAAAGGAGAAAAUUUCACAUGGACUUGAAUUUGUGUCGGUUUCUAUCCAGCGUCUCUAAACUAUUUGCGUUUCCAUAAAAGAAAAACCUAAAAAAAAAAAACAAACCCCAAAAAAGCAUUAAACCAAAAAAAAAUAAUAAAAAAUAAAUGACUUUUCAAACAAAAUCACCAGGCAGUGGGUUCGCUUGCUUGCCCUCCUCUCCUCCUCCUCCUCCUCCUCCUCCUCCUCGGGGUCAGGCGCUCCUCAGCCCCGGAGACGGCGCAGCUCAGCUCACCCAAAGCGCCGAGCCCCCCCCCGCGGUGCCGAACCCCCCCAAAUCGGAGCGUCGGGACCCACCGAAUGCCCCCCCCAGCUCUCCCCUUCCCCGCUGGCCUCUCCGCUUCUUGCAUCUCAUUAGUAUAUAUUAAUUUUUUUUGCUGCAAGGAAGAUGUUUAACUCUUGGUUAUAAUUUGCUUUUUUUUGUGGUUGUUUUCCCCCUCUCUUCCCCCAUCCCCUCCUUGUUUUUUGGUUUAUUUUGUUGGAUUUUUUUUUUUCUUAUUUUAUUUUUAUUCAGGCAGCAAAAUCAAUUCAUUCCCAAGCACAUCAGGGGAGCAGCCGCUGCCCCCGCCGCCGAGCAGACCCGACCCUUCGCUGCGUGCUCUCCUUUUCUGGAAGGCUACCUCACCGCUGUGCUUUGGGUUUUGUUUUUUUUUUUUUUAAUUUGUUUUCUUAAUUUUGGGGUUAUUUUUCUUUCAUUUUCAAGUAGUUUUAGGUUCGUUUGGGGUUUUUCAGCCGUGCCGGGACUUUCCUGCCAGGUUCAGAGCAAAGGUGCUAAUUUUUCUCUUAAUAUUCCCCCCCUUCCCUCUCUGUUUUGUUGCUCUGUUGUUCUUUUAUUUUCAGUUUCCUCCGUUCAAGGUCCCUCAGGAGUCGCUGAGGUUUUUUCACCCGCAGGAUUUUUAUCCUGGGGUGGCUUUUUUUUUAAUUAUCUUUUAUUUUUGGUCCCGCAACACCCGAGCCCGGGACCGCCUGGUGCUACAGCCUCCAAAGACGCGACUCAGCUUGAUUUAUUUUAAUUUCACUAUAUUUUGGGAUUUUUUUUUUCCCCUCCUUUCUUUGCUGCCCAGCUCAACUUGUGAAUUUUCUAAAGGUGCUAUUUAACCCUCCCACCACCACCCUCAUCCCGCAAGCAAAUCCCGGAGCAAACGCAAGGUAGAGCCAACAAAAAAUUAAAAGCCGUGAAAGGGAAAAAAAUUCCCCCGAUUUCCAGGUUAAGCAGGUGGAACUUCAGCUCCGCUCUUGUCUUCCAGCAGCUUAUUCUCCAUCCAUCCAUCCAUCCAUCCAUCCAUCCAUCCAUCCAUCCAUCCAUCCAUCCAUCCACCCAUCCAUCCCUCCCUCCCUCCCUCCCUCCCUCCAUCCAUCCAUCCAUUCCUGCAUCCCUGCAUCCCUCCCCGGGCACGGAGGGGCACGAACCCACACCGUUUGCCGGCCCCCAUCUCCCGGCGCAUGCUCCGGGCUCUCCUGGA